AUGGCACCUCUACUGCCAAGUCUAGCGGCACACGCCCGUAGCUUGCUAUCCGCAGCGAACGACCUCGCCGCCCGCUCGACGACUAAUAUCCCCAGCUCUUCAACGGAUGCUCUACAACAACUAGGGCCCCUGGCCGCCCGCUCAAUUUUAUUAGCACGAGACGACGACAACAAUGGCGAGCAGAAGGUCGACCCGCACAAGGGUGCCGUGCGGCCUCAAGACAUCAACAAUACAUUCGUUUUCGUGUUAUUCGGACUUAUCGGCGCCGCCCUCGUGUGCACCGGCAUCUGGUUUUUCUUCUGGGCUAAGAAUGGUGGCUUCUACUUCAAGGAAGAUGAUUGGGAUGACUACAAGUCCACUGUUCUCCGCCGCAAGGGUCCUAACGGCACUAUCUUAUCUAACGCUACCGCCACCACCCAACUUGGCGGCGGCUCCGUGUACAAAGACGUUGACGACGGCCGCACCGAGUACACUGGCGGUCUAACGCAGAUCUCGGGCGACACAGGAAGCACUCUCACCGGAAUCACAGCAGGCGCCUCUGAUCUCUCCGCACGCGAACGUCGCCGCCAGAAACGCGAACGCAAAGACCGCGAACGCGAGAAGAAAAAGGACCGCCGCAACCGCGACAAAGCCGGCCGUCGCGUCGGCGAAGAUGGCGUCCUAGUCGACGAACAAGCCGAGGCCGAAGCAAAGGACCAACUACGCGCGUACCGCAACGAGAAGGCCGCUCGCGUCGGCGGCAUCAACAAGGAAAGCGAGGGCAGCACCUGGGACGGCUCGACGAACCCCGAAAGCUCGACGGCGGGUAGUGACCUCCACAGCAAUCGGCACAGCAAGCACAGCGAGACCACGGCCGACGGCGCACGACACAAGAGCGGCGGUAUUCGUAAGGUCUACAGCACUGCGGACCGUAAUGCAGAUCGAGAGAAACGUGCUGAGGCCCGGCGCCUGCGCGAGGAAAGCCGUGCCAGCGGUAGUGCUGGCGGUAGCGGCGUGAAACGCGACUACAGUUUCCAGCGCGCUCGAGCGGGCCCGCAGAGCGCGGUAUCGUCGGGGGUGCGGGCAAGCACGAUCGAGGAGGAGCCGAGGGAAAUGGCCGAGAGCAGCGUGGGCGGUCGGUUCCUGCCGCCGCCGAGCGGAUGGGUUCCCAGCGAGGUCAGCGCUGAGAGCGCCGAUACGGGAACUAAGUCGUACCACCAUGUUAUCCCCGGCUUGUCGCCUAGCACGAUAAGCGGCACGGAUGUCAGGGAUUAUGCGGAGAAUAAGGAUAAAGAUAAGAAGAAGAAGCGUGGGUCGAGGGGACAGCGGAGAGAAUAG